CUAUUUUACAUAUUCCUCGUUUUUGAUAUUCCGUCGAAUAUUACUAGCUAGAAAGAAUGCGUAAAUAUGCACACAAAUUUGUCCUCUUUACUUUCAAAAAAUCCAGGAUAGCUUUCACUGGAACUGCGAAAAAAUAUUUCAGCGAACUGCUGUUGCCGGAUUUUGAGAGGAUCUUUCGAAAUGACCACACAUGGACACGUCGGGAUCUCAUGGCUUUCCACAGGAGAAUUUGCGAUCUCUGCUGCACCGUAUUAAUUGAGACCAAACGCAGCCAGAAAGCUGGUGAAAAAGUUUACACCACCCUAAAGAGUUUUCUAACCGAUCGGCUUGAAAGCAUAGUAGAGGAACUAGAAUUAAUAAACGACGAACAGGAGUUGCUCAGUGAGUAUAACCGUUGCUGGAAAUCGUACCAGGCAUCCGUCACUGUCCUGGAUAUCGGAUGUAGCUAUUUGAACGAAAACUGGCUAAAAAGAGAGAUUUUUGAAGAUCAUGAUGAUGUAUAUACGAUCUACCGUCUGGGUAUGAUUCUGUGGAAAUCGAAUUUAUACAAACGGAUCGAUCGAUUUCUAAUCACUGCCAUUCAUCACACUAUGGUGGGAGAAAUCCACGAUCAGCCCAUUAACCGCUCCAAGAUAUAUACUGCGUUACAGUCGAUCGUCGACAUAUUCAGCAAUGACGUCAAUCAGUCUAUUUCCGUGCUAAAAAAAAUGACCAACGUUUUCCAAUCGAAUGUUAUACAGUUUUUCGAGUCUGAAUCGAAAACAUUGUUCCGAAGCUUGCUAGAAUCGGACUUGCGCGAAGAACUACAACUUUUCGUGAAAUGUGCCAUUAUAUAUAAGCCUGCUAUUGAGCCGGAUCUGUGCAACACACUGACCGCACACCUUGAGUGCCUGUUAAAGAAUUCGAUCGACGGAUGCGGGAAGUUUAAUUAUGAGAGGGACUAUGUUCAAGCCAUAUGGGGCCUGAGAAAAGUUCCCCUUCUAAGGGCUUUUGCAGAUCGCAAAAAAUUAAUAGCUAAGGUUGAUCAUGUGUGCGUUGAGGAGAUAAACAAAAUAACCGAAGGUAAAGAAGAAGGGAAUACACCGCUUAUACUUUCCCGGUACUGUCAUAUGCUAAUGCUGAAUAAGCCAUCUUCCGAAAACAAAGAAAUCACGCUUCGAAAUGAAAUGAAAAAAAUUGUUGAUGUCGUUCUAUAUUUGAGCGAGGAGAAUAGGAAAUCCUUUACGAAUGACUACUUUGCACUGCUGAAAAAGCGAUUUAUCGAGGAUACAUCUGCAUCGGAUAAAAACGAAUCAUUGCUAAUCUCCAUGCUAGCGAAGCGUCUUGGGAGUGAUUUCCAAGUAAAGCAAAAUAUCGAGUGGAAUGAAACGAAUGCAUCGAAGGGCAUACAAGCAAAGUGCCAGGAGUUCCUGGUGGGAAUAAGCUUAAAAGUACAAAUUGAUUUUCGUGUCAAGUUUAUUAAAGUCAGACAGCUCGAAGGUUCAAUAAAUGGCAUUCGAUUGCCCGUGGAACUGGAGCAGUUCGAAAACGAGUUCCGAUUAUUUUGGUCUAAAGAGUUUAAUAGAUAUGGGCUUAACUUCCAUCCUCUCAAGUCCUGGGGCGAGCUGACCAUGAACUCAAGUUCCCAGAAAUGUUAUACCCUCCGGGUAAAUACUUUGCAAAUGGCUCUGCUUCUGCAGUUCAACCACCAGAAUACGUUCGCUGUCCAGGAAUUGGCCGAAAAUGUGGGAACCAGCCCGGAGACACUGAUAAAGGUGAUGCGUCCACUGAUCGACCACAAGCUUUUGAUCGCCAGUGAAAAUUCUGCACCCUUGACCCCGACAUCUUCUAUAACUGUGUGCAUGGAUUACAAUAGAAAACGGAUCCUUAUAAACUGUUUAAAAUCUAUCGCACCAAUGGGUCAAAAACCGACAACUGAAAGAAAUAUACAUAUGCAGGCGCUAGAUACAGCAAUAGUGCGCAUCAUGGAAAGAGAGAAGCAAUUAGAACUAGAUCGACUGAUUUACGAAGUGACGUUAGAGCCGAAGCUUCACUCCAGACCCAUUUUUAAAAUUAAAGCUCGUAUUGAACAUUUUCUUAAAAAUAAAUACCUGGAACUUUCAUCAGGCAAACAAGUAAUUAAACUAUCUAAAAUAUAAUUAUAUUAUAAUGAGCCAGAUUACCAAAAAUGAUUCGAACAGAAGUAAAAAAAAGAUUUCAUUUGUAAAAAUUUCUUACCAUCGGACAAAAAAAUACAUUUGUAACACAAGCAACACAAA